UUCAGCAAUGAGUAAUGUUGUCAAUUACAGUCACUGCACGUUGACUCUAUUCAGUUCAAUUUCUCACCUCAAAUCUCCGAUCCUGACCCAAAUUGACAAUAAUUACGUAUCUUAGGCGGUGACGCAAAUAAAGUCAACCGUAUCACAUCAUUUCCAUGUCAGGUCAGUGAGAUUGUUGGUUUGCGCCAUAACCGAAGUGGUCUAAUUAGAUUCACAAUGUGCGAAAAGAUUUCGGAUGAGUCUGCUUCGAAACGCCGCCGACAAAGUGUUACAGACUGUGGAGAUUAUGACGAAAUCAUCUUAGAAGGAACCUGCUCCCAGACUGGAAAAAAAAUUCGGAAGGGAAAAACGCUAAUAAACAAGCAGGGUGAAAUUGUUAGAUUCAUCACAGAAAACAAUUUAGUGUACAGACCCGGAGAUAGUAUAUAUAUUGACAGUCAGAGGCCGGAUACACCAUUUUUUAUAUGCGCCAUUCAGGAAUUCCGACUGAGCAAAAGGGAACGAUUGCAAGUGCUUGUUAAGUGGUUUUACAGACCUUCUGAAGUGCCUGACUCUGUUUAUCAAUUGUUAGUCCAAGAUAGGCAUAUUGAAAACAACUCAGGGGUGGACCAACUGUUAAAGGAUUCCUCAGUAAAAGGCAGAGAACUGUUCAUAUCUGACGCCAGUGACUCGUAUCCGAUCUCAGCUCUCAGGGGUAGGUGUCGUGUUUUCCAUUUUAAAGAUAUCACCGAUGUCAAAGAUUUUGAUGCCGAUCCUGAUACGUUUUUCUAUAUCCUUGGCUACAAUCCAGAAACACGACGACUAGCCAGCACACAGGGAGAGAUCCGUAUAGGGCCGAGUCAUCAAGCAGUGUUGCCAGAUACCAAAUCACUGACUGAAGCCAACUGCGAUAUGUCUUCCAUGCAGAGGGAAGAGUUGAUAUGGAAACCUACCGUUAAUGACUGCGACUUGAUGAUGUACCUGAGAGCUGCCAGGAGUAUGGCUGCCUUUGCUGGGAUGUGUGAUGGAGGAUCAGCUGAGGAGGGCUGUGAAGCUGCUUCUAAAGACGAUACUACGAUUAAUGCAAUGAACACAUUACAUGAAAACCAUUAUGAUACUGGCAGGGCUUUACAGGCUUUAGUCAAAUGUCCAUUACCAAGGUCAAUUGACAAAAAAUGGACAGAAGAAGAAAAUAAACGUUUUGUGAAAGGACUUCGGCAGUAUGGGAAGAACUUUUUUAGGAUUAGGAAAGAAUUGUUGUCACACAAAGAAACGAGUGAUCUUGUCGAAUACUAUUAUUAUUGGAAGAAAACGCCAGAAGCAGCCAACCAGCGGCCCCAUCGGAGACAUCGUCGUCAAAACGUUCUUCGAAGGAUACGACCUGGAGCUCGUUCCAGUCGACCUGCCAGCUCUGAAUUUUUGGAUCUGAGUUCUGCAAGUGAAGAGGAGAUAGACAGUGAAGACAGUGAGAAGGAUCUAAGCGGCUAUGCUUGUAGACAUUGUUAUACCACAUCAUCCAAAGACUGGCAUCACGGUGGGAAAGAUAAAAUCCUACUCUGUACUGACUGUCGUAUAUUUUUCAAGAAGUACGGGGAAGAACGACCAAUAGACAAUCCACGUAGUCCACCUCCAUUUAUGUUCAAACCUGUUAGAGAAAAUGACAGCGACGAAAUUAAACCGAAAAUGAGAACGAGAAGAAAUAGAGAUUCUGUAAACUCUACUCUUCGAAGUGGUCGAAGUAAAUAUAGUAGCGAACCUUCAAGUCCUGUACAUUCACGACGGUUAUCACGUGGUAGUAAUCGCAAUUCACCCAGUGCAUUCAGUACAUCAAGUGACAGCAGUACUAAGUCCAGUGGAAGAGGCAGAAAGAAGAAGAAUUUCAAGAAGGAAGCAGAUGAUUUGAUAAAAGAAAGUACAAAAAGACUUCGAGAAAAAGAAGAAAUUAAUUAUAAAGAUGAUUAUAAAGAUGAUAUUGAAUCUGAUUCCGGGGUUAUUAUCAAGAAAACUAAAACUCUGAAUUCAGUCGAACGGUCAGAGACUCCUUCGGAUCAUGGAGCAAGUACAGACAGUAGUAGCACUGUGAAUGAGGAAUCUGCCAGCAAUACGGCCCAGGAUAUUGAUAACGAUGGACUUACAAGUGCAUCAUCCGUGUGCUCACCUUCUCCUGAUAAUGAUAAUGAUAAUGACAAUGAAAGUGAACCAGAAUCUGAACAACCGAUCGAACAUUCCCAAUCUGAACAACAAUCAGAGGAUGUGCGUAGAGACACUAUAGAGGAUAGUAUUCCAUGUAUCGUCCCAGUUCAGCCAAUUGUGCAACCUGUGCCAUUGCCGCCACCACCACCGCAGAUAACUGACACUUUACCGCCGGUGCCUCCACCGAUAACUGCUGUUGCAACGUCGGUGAUUGCACCAGUGCCAACCUCUGCGGCAAUACCUCCAAUGCCUGCCCUCCGGCCGAGUUACGGUCCUCCUCCUCCACUACAUGAGUCGCCAAUGCUGCGUGAGCCUCCAUCACCUCUGCAUGAACCUCCACCGCCGCAACCACCACCUUUGCAUAAACCAGUUCCACAACUGCCACCUCGGGUGAACUCACCAGUCAAGAGUCCGGAAUUGUUAGAACAUUUAGAUAACGAUAACUGCAGUGGUGACGACGAGGAGUUGGAAGAAAUAAUUGGAAACAGGGAACCAUCACCAGAACCAGUGGUGGUGGAUGUACCAAUACAUUCUAGUGAAACUGCAAGAUUCAUCAAGCAUUGGAACAGAGGUUACAAUUCGUGUGCCCGAACCGACUUUAUAUUCGUACCACUUGAAGAAUCCAGACUAGCCAAAAAGCGAGCUGAAGUCAAGGAGAAACUACGUCUUGAGCGUGAAAGACAGCGUGAAAAAGAAAGAGAAGCAGAGCGCUUGGAGAAAGAAAAGACGAUCAAACGUGAAGCGUUGGAAGAAGCCGAACGAGAAAAAGAAAGGAAACGAGAAAGGGAAGAGAGGGCAGAGAAACAUGUGAAAAAGCCUGAGACGCCACCAGCGAAUACAUCAGCUGAUGCCCAAAUUACCGGUCCUUACGGUAUACAACAUGGACACGGUCCUGCAGGUGCAUAUAUAUCACCAGGAGCACCACCACAUCCUCAUCACCACCAUCAUAUGCCACACGGAUAUGACACUCCGGCUCUACGUACAUUGAGCGAGUAUGCACGACCACAUGCAAUGUCACCUCGUAACCCUACACCUCAAACAUUAGCAUGCUUGACUGGUCCAGAUCCAAUGUUGCGCUACGGCGUGAUGCAUGGAAUUCCCGGGAUGUACCCGAUUGGAGCAAGGGAACGAGCUGACAUGGAAAUUGAACGGGAGUUGCGUGAACGAGAAUUCCGGGAACGGGAGCUUAUAGAGCGUGAGUUACGCGAACGUGAACUCAGGGACAAAAUGAAAUUAGACCCCCUAGGUGGACACUUAACACCCAUGGAUAGGCAUUGGUUGCUAAAUCGCCAUGGUAUGCACGGGGAUAGAACUCCACAUCCCACACCGUUUCACUUGCCUCAUCAUCAACAUGAAAGGCAUGGCGAGCGACCAAUGGACAGGCUGCAUGUAGCCCUUCCUGGUCAUCCUCAUCCUGGUGAAGCUCCAUUCACAGGGCAAAUGGAAAGACUAACAAUGGAACGAAUGCAAGCUGAAAGACUAGGGGGAGUCCCGGUGGAUGCGGUUACACGCAUACAGUUAGCGUCAAUCAGCGGUCAUCAGCAUCAACACACACAUUCCCAUACGCACCUACAUUUGCAUCCAUCAGAGCAGAAUCCACAUCUCAGUCCCGGAUACCAUGAACAUCCGGUAAUGGGACCACAUCCUUUAGCUGGUGGUGGUGGAGGUGGUGGUCCAUUCCCACCAGGGCACCCAGCGAAUGAUCCAGCAUUAGCCGGUGUGCGGCCAACGUUGGUUAAUCAUCCAUAUGGCGAUGCUUUAGCCCAACAAAUACAUCAUGAGGCUAUACAACGGCAGAUAAUGGAGCAGCAUAGGUUUUCACAUCUACAGCAACAAUUCCUAGCACACCAAGACAGUCUCAUGAAGAAAGCGCCGUAAAUCUGCCCAGGAUCUUAGAGAUGUAAUUUAUCUUGUACAGAACUAUUUAUUAUUUAAAUUUAGCAACCGUCUGGAUAUUUUUUUAUGAUAGUACUUCUCGCUAGUGUCAUUUUGACAUAGUCUUGUGGAG